GAAAGACAAGGCACGAGGACAGCAUAUACUCCGUACUACGUAUCCGUUUGAGAAGAAAAGAAGAAAAAGAGAAUAACGUAACCAACGGCAAAAGACAACAAAGGAUAGAGAGAGAGUAGGCAGGAGAUCUGCUCGAAGUUUGAAAAUUUUCUAAAUUCUAAAGAGCAGUAUCAGAGAGGUCUCCGUUCUCCUGCCCGAUCAGAUCGGAGUCCCUUUCUGUCGACCCAGAAUUUGCAAAUUAGGGUUUUAAUUGCAAAUCCUGUCAUCGCCGUCGCGCGCUUCUCAAUGCUCGCUAUUUUUUAAAAAAAAUCACGCUAAAAACCCGAUCCGGCGACAACCGCAAUAAUCAUUGCCUACUCUUCUCUUCUCGAUGCUUUUAUAUGUGCGCAUUGGUUCUUCUACGGAUUUUAAUGUGUUGAUUUGUGAUCGGUGUCGUGUGGUAGACAUUGGGGUGUUAAUUUAAGGGGUUAAAAGAAUUCUUAAAUUGCUAUGAGGACCCAGAGACAUUGGACAUAAAGACAUAUUUGGAUUUCAAUGGCUUCCGUUCAGGUAUUGCGGAAGCAAGAGCAUCUGGAAGCUGGGAAGAAGAAGGUUUUUGGAAGACCCAAUUGCAGCUUGCUGUAACAUCGGGGACAGCUACUUCAUGCCUUUGAACACUUCCUCCUUCAACGUCCUGUUCACUAGAUGAGUCCUCUCCUUGUAGAAUCACCUUCUGCCCUUGUAUUUCCCAUUUGAAGGUCUGACUUUGGAAGUUAAUCUCCGUGUCUCCCAAACUUGUUAGCCAGUCCAUUCCCAAGACUAAAUCCGUGCUCCCCAGCUCCAAUAAGUAAUAAGUUUGAUGAAUACCAAUUCCUUGCACAUUCAAAUCUAUACCUGCACACCUGCCACCAAUUUGAAUAUAUUCCCCAUUCCCUAACUGCACCCUAUUCCCUUGAAAAGGAGUAUAAGGAAUCCUCCACUUUUCCACCAAGUUUAGGGACAUAAAAUUGUGUGUAGCGCCUCCAUCAAUGAGUACAUUUACUAUGCUUUCACCUUCAUGCCAUUUCAGUUUACCUCUCACCUUAAAGAUUUUCACAGGGGUUAUCUCUUUCUCAUCACUUAAAGAAAAUUGCAUGGUCUUCAAUUCUAGAGGUGUGAUCUUAUCCCUGCCAGAUUCCAGUGAUUCAAAUUCAGAAUCAGCUUCACCCUCCGAUUGUUCCAUUAAGGUUAUCUUAUAAUUUUUCAUCUUGCACACAUGUCCCCUUCCCCAAUUCUCUCCGCAUUUGAAACAUAGUCCUUUCUUACUUCUUUCAAGCAGUUCUUCUUGUGAUAAUCGGGGGUUUGUAAUCUGCUGAACUGAGUUUGAAGAUUCCUGCUUCUUCAUAUCAUCAAAUGAAUAGUUGCCAGAUGAAUUCUUGGUUGUGUAGCUAGAACUCCCUCUACAACCAUCUCCCCAUUUCUGAUUUCCAUUCUGCACCUUCUUUCUUUCCUCCUCUUUAUUCUUGACAUACAAGGUUUCAAAAUUCUUGUCCUCAAUCCUUGUUGCUGUGUUCAUGACUGCUGCUAAUGUUCUGGCAGAAUGCAGCUUCAGCUCAGCCCUAACAUCACGCUUCAAACCAUUUAGAAAUGCUCCUCUCAAAACUUCCUCAGUUAGAUGCUUUUGUGAUGCCAUGGCCACUUCAAACUUAUUUCUGUAAUCUGCCACUGUUCCCUUCUACUUCAAGCUAAACAAUGGCCCCAGAGGAUUCUGCACCAUUUCAGGUUGAAAUCGCUGAGUUAAAUCUCUGGUAAACUGCUCCCAGGUUUGGUGUCGUGCUUGGCCUUCCCACCAUUGGAACCAGCUCAGAGCUUGGUCCUCCAUAGCAACUACAGCAACAUCAAUUUUCUGUUCCUCUUCAGUUUGAUUCAAGCGGAAGUAUCGGUUCAUUCUAACCAGCCAACCGAAGGCGUCUUCCCCCUUGAAAAGAGGUAAAUCAAUCUUUCUGCCUAUCGGUUCAUGAUAUCGAUGAUACCUGUGGUGAUCGCGGUGUUGAUGUCGACUUGAAGGAGAAUAGUCGGAAUUGUUUUCCGAUCCCUCUGGACUAGCUGACUGUCGCGAACGAUGAUGGUGAAGUGAAUGAUGAUGGUGGCGACGCGGUGGUGAAUAGUUGUCAUUCCCUUCUGAUUCUUCAGAACUCGCUGAAUGUCGCGAUUGGUGAUGGUAAUGCGAAGGGUGAUGGUGAGGCGAAUGGUGAUGAUGCGAAGUACAAUGCGAGGUAGAUGAUCGAUGCGAUGCAGAUGAUCGGUGAGAGAGACUUCGCGAUCGACUAGCGAGGUUCUUCUGAAAUUCCGCCAAGUUCGCUUGCAUCAUCGCUUGCAUCGAUGUCUGAAUCGAGGCCAAUUUCUCGGCCAGGUUGUCCGCCAGGUUACUCUGCAAUUCGCGCAUCCUCCGAUCCAGUUGCUCUUGCAGUUCUCUUUGAUUUCUUCCAAUAUCCACCAUGCUUCGCUCCACCUCAUUCAUUCUGGCUUCCAAUAUCGCUUGCAUCGAUGUCUGAAUCGAGGCCAAUUUCUCGGCCAGGUUGUCCGCCAGGUUACUCUGCAAUUCGCGCAUCCUUCGAUCCAGUUGCUCUUGCAGUUCUCUUUGAUUUCUUCCAAUAUCCACCAUGCUUCGCUCUCUUUGAUUUCUUACAUAUACUCAUAUUAUGUAACAAUUAGUCACAUUUUUAUUCCGAAUUUUUAUCUAAUGGUAUUUAGGAAAAAACUCAAAUUUCUUUCUAGUUCUAGCAUUUUUAAAGAAAAUAUGCACAGAUGGAAAGACAAGGCACGAGGACAGCAUAUACUCCGUACUACGUAUCCGUUUGAGAAGAAAAGAAGAAAAAGAGAAUAACGUAACCAACGGCAAAAGACAACAAAGGAUAGAGAGAGAGUAGGCAGGAGAUCUGCUCGAAGUUUGAAAAUUUUCUAAAUUCUAAAGAGCAGUAUCAGAGAGGUCUCCGUUCUCCUGCCCGAUCAGAUCGGAGUCCCUUUCUGUCGACCCAGAAUUUGCAAAUUAGGGUUUUAAUUGCAAAUCCUGUCAUCGCCGUCGCGCGCUUCUCAAUGCUCGCUAUUUUUUAAAAAAAAUCACGCUAAAAACCCGAUCCGGCGACAACCGCAAUAAUCAUUGCCUACUCUUCUCUUCUCGAUGCUUUUAUAUGUGCGCAUUGGUUCUUCUACGGAUUUUAAUGUGUUGAUUUGUGAUCGGUGUCGUGUGGUAGACAUUGGGGUGUUAAUUUAAGGGGUUAAAAGAAUUCUUAAAUUGCUAUGAGGACCCAGAGACAUUGGACAUAAAGACAUAUUUGGAUUUCAAUGGCUUCCGUUCAGGUAUUGCGGAAGCAAGAGCAUCUGGAAGCUGGGAAGAAGAAGCUAGAAGAGUUUCGGAAGAAGAGAGCCGCAGAUCGGGCAAAAAAGACACCGCCAACUAAUCAAACCCAUCCCUCUGAUGGGGGUUUAGAGAGGCAAGCUCUCGAUACAGAACGAUUACAACCAGAUUCUGGUGGGGUAGGCACAUCUAAUACUGUUGCACUAUCAGCUUCGGAGCUUUUUGGAUCCGAUAAAAAGUAUGAUUUAAAGGAAAAUGAUAUUCAACAGAAGACCACCUCUGGUACUUGUGACUAUGCAAGUGCUGGUUUAAAUUCCGAUUAUGAUGUUACCUUCUCCAUCUCAGAGUCCUCUCAUUCUAAAGUUUCGGAGUUUAAAGGCAAUGAUAUUUUAAAAGUGUUGACACCUGAAAAUCAUAGCGAUCAUCACCAAAUGAAAGAUGACCAUGAUAGAGAAGCAAGAAGUUUUGCCUCUGAAAGUGCAUCUGAUCAUUCUGCUGAUAACAAUUCACUGCCUUCUUUUUCGAAUAGUGGUAGAGCAUCCAGUAAUUCUGAUUUUGAUGGUCUGUAUAGAACUGGUUCAGGCUCAAAAAAGAGCAGCCUGAAGGAUCUUUCUGCUGUAAAUUCUAGUACUUCUCAUACUUUACAGAAUGAUUCAUCGGAGAAUACUGCUAGUUCUCAGCUGCCAGAGAGGGCUAGUUUUACUGAUCAUUGGGGUCAGACAAUUGCUUCACAUCGAGCCGGACAAAAAGAUGGAGCCUUCCAACAUAAUUAUUCUGUUCCUCAUGAUACUGGAUACCGCCAGUUUCGUGGGUCGGCUACUUCUAUUGGCAAUAACUCAACUCCAUUGGCAUCGGAUGCUGCAUAUGGUGGUUUCCGUUUUGAUGGACAAAGUUCAUAUAAUAAUGCACAAAUUUCUCCUCCAUCAACUGGGAUUGCUGCUAGGAGGCCCCGCUCUUCAUUUCUUGAUUCAAUUAGCAUUUCCAGAGUUUCAGCUGCACACUCUCCUCUUGCUGAGACAGUGAAUGCUGAUACUUCUAGUUCCAAGGUUCAUCUUUUGGACAAUUUAGGUUCUUCAACUUCUGAGAGAUUUAUGAAUUCUUUGGAUGCAUCUGGUAAUGGGACUGACAUGUUUAAAUAUGCCUUCGCUAAGUCCGUGGAGACCAACCAUAGCAUUCACCCACAAAACCAAAACGAAGAUUUUGCUGCACUAGAACAGCAUAUAGAAGAUUUAACUCAAGAAAAGUUCUCUUUGCAACGUACUCUUGAGGCUUCACGAAUGUUAGCAGAGUCUUUAGCUGCUGAAAAUUCAGCACUGACAGAUAGUUAUAACCAACAGGGAGGUGUUGUUAAUCAGCUAAAAGCUGAUAUGGAGGCUUUGCAGGAAGAGAUUAAAGGAAAUGUGGCUGAACUUGAGGCUGUGAAGGCAGAAUAUGCCAAUGUCCUGCUUGAAUGUAGUGCCGCUGAUGAACGCUCAAAGCUUUUGGCAUCUGAAGUGAUUAGUUUGGAAGAGAAGGCACUUCGGCUGAGAUCUAAUGAGCUUAAAUUGGAGAGGGAGUUGGAAAAAUCACAAGCCCACAUUUCUUCUUUCAAAAAGAAAAUAGCUAGCCUUGAAAAAGAACGUCAAGAUCUUCAUUCAACUGUUGAUGCUUUACAAGAAGAAAAGAAGCUCUUGCUGUCAAAACUACGUAAAGCUUCUGCUAGUGGCAAGUUUGGCGAUACUACCAGGAGUUCACCUAAUAAAAUAGACGUGUCAACGUCAACACAGGAUCUUGAUAACAAUGAAGGUGUGACUACUGUAAUGGAUGAUCCAAACCUGGGAGAUCAGACUGCUGCUUUUAGUGCUGAGGCCUCCAACUUUCCUUUUCUUUUUGAUGGCGGACAACUCAGUUUUGAAGGUUCAGCAGUGUCCAUUCCUCCUGAUCAGAUAAGAAUGAUCCAAAACAUUAACAUAUUAGUCUCCGAGUUGGCAUUGGAGAAAGUAGAGUUGAUGAAAGCCUUUUCUGCAGAAUCAUCUGAAUGCUCUAAACUUAAGGAGUUAAACAAGGAGCUAACACGAAAGCUUGAAGCUCAAACACAAAGGUUGGAGCUCUUGACUGCUCAGAGCAUGGCAACUGAUAAUGUUCCUUUAAGACAGCCGGAUAGGCCUUUCCAUGAGAAUCCUACGACCUAUGCAGAUGAGGGUGAUGAGGUGGUUGAAAGAGUAUUAGGGUGGAUCAUGAAGCUAUUUCCGGGAGGGCCAUCUAGGCGAAGAACCAGCAAGCUUCUUUAGUAUUUGCCAUUAAAGACAGACUCCUCCCUAAUAUAUCUCAUCCUUGUAAUUUUUGCUAGGCAAAAGUUUGUAAUUUUGUGGCGACACAUACAGACCAUUCUUUUUUUCCCUAUAAAAAAUUCUUUCAGAAGAUUACACAUUGGAAGAUGGGAGUGGCAAUAAAGGUCUCACCUCAGCUGUGCAUUUUUUCAUGUGGAACUACAAAGUCAUGGGAAUGCGAGAUAUGGCGUUCGAAUCAAAAGAGCCAGACUGAGAGUGAAUGCAGAUUAUUAUGUGUUAAAAAUGUACUAUAGACAACAAUAUACUUCAUGAAUCUCAAGUGAAAGAAAAUCCAUUCAUCUUAUCAUUUGCAGGAGUAAUGUGACUUCGUUGUUCUGCCAAAUACUUGUAUGCUUUGGCUUAGCACAGAAAAUGAAAGUACACAGAUGCGUGUGGGCGGUGUGGCAUUAUAGGAAUUGUAUAAAGCGUUAAAUGAUUUUAUUCCAUUUGUAUCUUACAUAUUCAAGUUAACUUAAAUCCGGCAGUACAGAAAAACAGUUCGGUUUAAUAGAAAAAGAUUAUGGUUUAAAUUUCUACCGACAAUUGAAGUGCAGACUACACCUCAAAAUACACGAAAUACUU